GCUCUAUAUAAACUCACAAAAAAAAAAGAAGUAUUCAGCACCCAGCUCUAGCAACAUCUAUACAGUUUUUAAUCAUCGAUCCCCUGCUUCAAGAAUUUAUUGCUUUUUUCGUAGUCCUAAAGCCAUGCUUCUUCAAGCAGCUAUUUCUUCUCCAACUUAUUCCUUGCAACGGGCAGGCGCUACUGCUCAUCCCUUGUUGUUGAGCAACAACUCAGCCACCACUGGCACUACUACUGCUAACUUCUUAUCUUCUUCUUCGUUAUCGGCCGACUCUGCAGGCGGCCGCCCAACCAGUGUCGUUUUGCAGACUAAUCGCCAGAAAGGAGGCUUCAGGACCUUUGCUUCAGAUGAAAAGACCAGCACCUUGUCACUCACGGGAGUGGUUUUUCAGCCCUUUGAAGAGAUUAAGAAUGACGAAUUCUUGGUCCCAUUGUCCCCCAGUGUUUCACUUGCCCGUCAGAGAUUCUCCCACGAGUGUGAGGCGGCAAUCAAUGAGCAGAUCAAUGCGGAGUACUGUGUGUCCUACGCGUAUCACGCCAUGUAUGCAUACUUCGACAGGGACAAUAUUGCUCUUAAAGGCCUAGCCAAAUUUUUCAAGGAGUCCAGUGAAGAAGAAAGAGAACAUGCGGAGAAGCUGAUGAAAUAUCAGAACAUACGAGGAGGGAGAGUGACAUUACUUCCUCUGAAGGAACCCAAAUCAGAGUUCGAUCACGUGGAGAAGGGCGAUGCACUGUAUGCUAUGGAAGUAGCUUUGUGCUUGGAGAAAUUGAUAAAUGCGAAGCUUCUGGAAGUGCACAGCGUGGCUGAUCGGAAUAAUGAUCCUCAGAUGCAAGACUUUAUAGAGAGCGAAUUCCUGGGGGAGCAGGUUGAAGCUAUCAAGAAAAUUUCAGAUUAUGUCACUCAGUUGAGGAUGGUCGGAAAAGGACACGGCGUGUGGCACUUUAAUCAGAAGCUUCUGCACCACGAGGGGGAGGGCGACGACGGCGUCUUUUAGAUUCAAAUAUGUCUCCCAUAAUGUAUCACUACUUCUUUUUUAUUCCCUUGUUAAUUUCCAAUUCAAUAAAUGUAGUACUAUGUCCAGACUGGAUUUUAGAAGUUUUUUUUUUUUUUUUUGGUAUUUUCCUCAUCUGAUGUCGUUCAAGUAAACUCUCUGUAAAUAUCACUAGUCAAUAGCUGUAAAUAUCACUAGUAAAUAGCAGCAGUGUGUUUCAGACUCUGCUCUACUUCCGCUGUUU